UGAUGAAGCGGGUGUUCACCGGAAAUAGCAACGUGUUCCUUUUCGCGACAGUUCAGGAAGCGUCCAUAAACAGUUACAGAAACGAGCGAGGUUUGGUGCUUUCUCCUGUGAAGGAGUGCUGCAAAAACAGCACCAUGUUGCCGACCACCUCGCCGCACAGCAACGGCGCCCUUGGUUCCAGGGAUGCCGCACGCCACACAGCAGGCGCCAAACGCUACAAGUACCUGAGGCGGCUGCUGCAUUUCAGACAGAUGGACUUUGAAUUUGCCAUGUGGCAGAUGCUUUACUUGUUCACGUCGCCACAGAGGGUCUACCGCAACUUUCACUACAGGAAACAGACCAAAGAUCAGUGGGCCAGGGAUGAUCCUGCUUUCCUGGUCCUGCUUAGCAUCUGGCUCUGUGUGUCAACAAUAGGCUUCGGUCUGGUGCUGGAAAUGGGUGUUCUGGAGACUCUGAAACUGUUGCUGUGGGUGGUCUUUGUGGACUGUAUAGGAGUCGGUCUGCUCAUAUCGACACUCAUGUGGGUCAUCAGCAACAAGUACCUGUUAAAACAACCCAGCAGAAAUUUUGAUGUUGAGUGGGGCUACGCAUUUGAUGUUCACCUCAAUGCUUUCUACCCACUUCUGGUCAUCCUGCAUUUCCUGCAGCUCUUCUUCAUCAACCAUCUUGUGGUGAUAAACUCAGACUGGUUCGUGGGAUACUUUGUUGGAAACACUUUAUGGCUCAUUGCCAUCGGAUAUUAUCUCUACAUCACCUUCUUAGGGUACAAUGCUUUACCCUUCCUGAAGAACACAGUGGUGUUGCUCUACCCCUUCGCUCUGCUCGGCCUCAUCUAUGUCCUCUCCGUCUCCCUGGGCUGGAACUUCACCAAGGGCCUCUGCUGGUUUUACAAAGCCAGAGUCCAGUAGAACCAGUUUGACCCUGAAACUGGACACACAGUCGCCCCCAGGCCGAGUCAAAACCUGUUUUCUGCUCACACCUUGGUGGCAUCAAAUCCGUUUCCAUCUGCUGUCAGUCAACAUCUGGUUGAGAGGGACUCGACCUCUGGUUGACUCUCAGUAAACUGGGACCUCUGAGUUGAUUGACCCUGACUGUUCCUCGACUCUCUCUUGAUUUUCAGUUUGGCUCUGAUGUUGAGCUGGAGCUCUGAGGUCAGUAAACAGUGAUGUGUUUGGACUAGUUGCAGAAAACAAGUGGGACAGAUGAGACACAGCUUUUAUUGUCGUUCUUUUUGUAUGAUUUGUAAAUAGUGCUCUGGCAGGUUGUAAUAUAUACACAGAGGAUUGUUUCUGAAGAGGAAAAAAAUUACUUUGUUUCUUUGAGUUUUCAUAAAAACAGACUUUAAAAAAAGAACAAAUCCUGCUUAUUGAAGAGAAGAAAGGAAGUGGAGGAAUGUGGGAUGCAAAUUGUGUUUUCCUUUUCUUUUUUCUUAAAGUGUACAUUCCAAAGCACUUUCAAUAAAAGGUUUUAUUAACUUAA